AGGAGAGAGAGAGAGAGAGAGAGAGAGAGAGAAUGAAUUCAUCCCAACCAUCUACAUCACAAGGCACAGAGAAAGGACACUUCUCUUCCCAAAGGCUCUUAUGGACUGUUGCUGGGGUCUCCAUUCUACUGCUCAGUGUCUGUUUUAUCACCAGAUGUGUUGUGACGUAUCAUAGCUUUCAACUCUGUGAUGAGAAAAAGUUCCAGCCAUAUGAGGAUUUAACGGACUUCUCCUGCUACAGAGAUGUAUCGGGUUCAGUCAAGAAUUGUUGUCCGUCGAGCUGGAUCCAUUUUCAAUCUAGCUGCUACUUAUUUUCUACUAACACCAUGUCCUGGGCAUCAAGCGUAAAAAACUGCUCAAACAUGGGAGCACAUCUGGUUGUUAUCAACACACAGGAGGAGCAGGAAUUUCUUUUCUACGCGAAACCGAAAAGGAGAGAGUUUUAUAUUGGACUGACAGACCAGGUGACUGAGGGUCAGUGGCAAUGGGUAGAUGGCACACCUUUCACAGAAGCUCUGAGCUUCUGGGACGAAGGGGAGCCCAAUAAUAUAGUUACAGUGGAGGACUGUGCUACCAUACGAGACUCUUCAAAUCCGAGGAAAAAUUGGAAUGACGUGCCCUGUUUCUUCAAUGUGUUUCGGAUUUGUGAAAUGCCUGAAAUAAGUGCUUUGAAUAACAAAAAAAUCUUCUGAGAACAGAAAGCACAACUGAAAUGCAUAAAUACAGAGGCACAAGAGCAUGAACACAACACCAACAUGAGAAAACUGUGCACUGCACUUUAUAAGGACUACCUACGGACUUCAUAAGGACUUGUCGCUUUUGAUAUAAAUAAACUAAGUAGUUUUGGGGCGCCUGGGUGGCUCAGUCGGUUAAGCAUCUGACUUCGGCUCAGGUCAUGAUCUCGAGGUU